AUGGCAGAAAAUUUCACUAUCAUUUUAGAGGCACCACCUCAUCUCGACCCUGAAGUUCCACUUGCCAUGUACUUGGCUGACACUGCUGUAAACGCUGUUUCAUCAGUUGCAACAAUCAUCGGCAACGUUCUCAUUAUAACCGCGUUACGCAAGAUUCCUUUGACGCAAGUCCAUGCCGUGUUCAAGAUGUUCAUUUUUAACCUCGCUUUAGCCGACUUGGGAGUCGGAAUUAUUGUGCAACCAUUGUUCAUUUCAACUGUUCUUGCAACUCUCAGUGGCUGUGCAAACGCUGUGCGCAUUCUCCGUGUGAUGUUUUACCUGAGCAACUUCUAUUUGCCAAAUAUGUCUUUAGUCCUUCUUACUGCAAUAGCGAUCGAUCGAUUCCUGGCCUUGCAUUUUCCUUUACGAUACCGCAACCUGGUGAAAGUCAAAAACAUUAUAGCAUCUCUUUCGUUCAUUUGGCUUUGGACCCUUGCUAGCACUUCGCUCAUCGUUUACGACAGUACCAUGUACAAUAUCAGCGCUAACUGUGGUUUAGCGUUGUGCUUAUCGACAAUAACAUUUUGUUACCUUAAGAUUUACCUAACACUCAAACGCCAUGAUAAAACUGUACGAGGAGUCGUUGCACCACUUCAAGCUAUACAAGCAAACUGUGAAACAGAAACGGUUCGGACGGCAACACGUUUUAAUAUCUUGCGUUAUAGGCGUUCUGUGUAUAACAUGAUGUAUGUCUACUUCGCUUUUGUUCUCUGUUAUCUGCCAUUUUUUUGCAUUUUGAUCGUGAUUCAUGUACGAGGAAUAGAAAGGGCAACCAAGUUAUCUCGCAUUUUGGGAGUUACGUUGAUUUUUAUCAACUCGUCUGUCAAUCCGUUCCUUUACUGUUGGAAAAUACGCGAGAUUAGGCGUGUAGUAUUAAGAACACUUAAAAACAUCUUUGGCAAAUAA